CACGAGAAUUCAGAGAAAAGUCCCAGAGGCAAGUCAACUAUGUGUAGUCGUCGUUCCCGGCUUCCCGUGUGCCCGCCCACCUUAAAUUAAACCAAUCAACAAGGCCGGGGAAAUUCUAAUCGAAUAUGGAAUUCUUUAAUACAGCCAAGGCUGUGAGGCUGAAGAGCCACCUUGGCAAGUUCCUGGUGGCCGAUGAAGACCAACGCAGCGUCAGGCAAGGGCCGCGAAACGCCUCCUCAGAGAAAGUCCGUUGGACGGUGGAGCUAGUUGAAGGUAGCUAUCAUCUCAUCCGCCUCAAAAGCUCCCACGGCGGCUAUCUCACCGCCUCCGACGAGCCUUUCCUUCUUGGCAUGACGGGCAAGAGGGUGCUCCAGGCCGUUCCUCCCCGCGGCAUAAAAAGGUGUGCUUCUAUGGAGUGGGAGCCUAUAAAGGAAGGGUACAAAGUGAAGCUGAGGACUAGAGGAGGGACAUACUUGAGGGCAAAUGGGGCAACGCCGCCAUGGAGAAACACCAUAACUCAUGAUCUUCCUCACAGAACUGCAACCCAAGAUUGGGUCUUAUGGGAUGUGGAUGUGGUGGAUAUAUCAGCUCCCUGGCCUUCAUAUGCAAGUGGAAGACAGGGUGGAAUGGAAUUUUUCUACAAAGCCAAAGCGGUGAGACUUGAGAGUCAUCUAGGGAAGUACUUGGUGGGCGACGAUGAUGAAGAAAGCGUCCGGCAAAGCCGAAGCGGCGCGUCACUUAACGCGCGGUGGACGGUGGAGUUUGUUAAAGGAAAAGACAAUGUAAUCCGGCUAAAGAGCUGUAACGGCCAGUAUCUUACGGCGGCGGCGGAGCCCUUCCUUUUGGGGAUGACAGGCAACAAAGUUGUUCAAACUCUUCCCACCAACAAAACCCACGCGUCAUCGUCUAUAGAAUGGGAGCCUAUAAAGGAAGGUUUUCGCGUGAAGCUCAGAACGGCGGAGGGGAGAUACUUAAGGGCUAACGGAGCUACGCCGCCGUGGAGGAACUCCGUGACUCAUGAUGAUCAUCCAAACAGAACCGCAACUCAGGAUUGGGUUUUGUGGGGAGUGGAUGUUGUAGACAUUAUUGUCUCAUCGGACGCCUCAGAUUCACCGGCUAGUUGCCUGUCCCCGCCGUCAAGUUUUAAUUCCGUUCUCGACGACACCGGAACGCCGCCUACCAGGUGGCCCCAUAUCUAAACCUCUGUAAUAUGAUCACUUCUUUUCCUUUUUCUUUUUUUCACAUCAUAUUUUCUUUGUCCAUUUCUCGCAGCGGUUUUGUUCAACGUUCAAAAUUGAUGUUGCUUUAUGUAAAGUCAACUAUAUAUUUUUUUUAAA